CGUGUUGGGAAAGUGGGUGUCGCUGUGCACGCUGCUGGAGCAGCUUCAGAGCGAUGUGUAGAGGACUUUAAACACACUGUGUCAUACAGUGGUGGAAGGAGGGAGAUCGUGGAUCGUAUACCGCAACACAUCUGAUGCAAUGAGUCCGACCGUUUCCAUCCUGAUCCUAUGUGUCUGACGAUUCACUUACCGCGCGCGAUGCUCUGACUGCCGUGUGUUUAUAUAUGGAGACACCCUAAAAAACAGUCAACCGGGAAAUGGUAACACAUGAACCUCCUCACUGGAAGGAACAUGGUUGAGAGGAGCAGUAAAUUUCUGUUCAUCGUUGUCGGCUCGGUUCUGUUCAUGCUGAUUUUGUAUCAGUACGUGGCUCCGGGGAUGAUGAACUUCGGCUCUCCGCACGGGUACAUGCUGGAAGACGAUGCGGAUCUCUUCCCGACUCCUGAUCCACAUUACGUGAAGAAAUUCUAUUUCCCCAUCAGGGAUCUGGAGCGGACUGUGGAUUUUGAAAUCAAAGGGGAUGAUGUGAUCGUGUUCCUCCACAUCCAGAAGACCGGAGGCACCACGUUCGGGAGGCACCUGGUCCAGAACGUCAGGCUGGAGGUUCCGUGCGACUGUAGACCGGGACAGAAGAAGUGUACCUGUUACCGACCCAAUAGGAAAGAGACCUGGCUCUUCUCUCGGUUCUCCACCGGAUGGAGUUGUGGCUUACACGCGGACUGGACCGAACUGACCAACUGCGUACCGGGGGUUUUGAACAAAAAGGAGAACAGCAUGAAAAACCAAAGGAAGUUCUACUACAUUACCCUGUUACGGGACCCCGUGUCUCGGUACCUAAGUGAGUGGAGACACGUCCAGCGCGGGGCCACGUGGAAAACCUCCCUGCACAUGUGCGACGGGCGAACGCCGACACCAGAGGAGCUGCCCCCCUGCUACGAGGGCACCGAUUGGUCGGGCUGCACAUUACAACAGUUCAUGGACUGUCCGUACAACCUAGCAAAUAACCGACAGGUGCGCAUGCUGGCCGACCUCAGCCUGGUGGGCUGCUACAACAUGUCCUUUAUCCCGGAGAAGAAGCGUGCGCAGGUGCUACUCGAGUCAGCCAAGAAGAACCUACGAGACAUGGCCUUCUUCGGCUUGACCGAGUUCCAGCGCAAAACGCAGUACUUGUUCGAACGGACCUUCCACCUCAAGUUCAUCCGGCCCUUCAUGCAGUACAACAGCACGCGGGCCGCCGGCGUGGACCUGGACAACGACACGGUGCAGCAGAUCGAGGAGCUCAACGACCUGGACAUGCAGUUGUACGACUACGCCAGGGAUCUUUUUCAGCAGCGCUACAUGUACAAGCGACAACUCGAGCGAAGAGAGCAGCGCCUAAGGUUAUUCUCGUAG